CUAAAUGGGCUUUGGGAGGCCCUUACAAUUACACUAGACGCUUCGAAUUAUCAGACCUUAACUUUUAUUCUAUUGGUGCCGCCGCCCGCUCAGUACCUUGCAAUCCUGAGCAAGACACUGAUUCUUCCCUUCAUCUUCGGCCCAUCUCAAGGUUCUUCCUGGAAUACAACAUUUCUGUGAACCUGAAUAGCCAUUGAGAUCACCGGCUCCGGUGAUAAAGUGGACAUCAUGGAGGUCGCAACCACAGCUUCAGGACAGGCCACGAGGGUCAAAUCCAACAAGCCUCAUGAUUUCAAGCCUCGUCUUCUACUAAUGGGACUUCGUCGGAGCGGAAAGUCGUCCAUUGCUAGCGUUGUAUUCCAUAAGAUGCCCCCAAACGAAACACUCUUUUUAGAGUCUACCACGCGCAUCCAGAAAGAUUCCGUCCAUUCAUUCAUGGACUUCCAGGUCUGGGACUUCCCAGGUCAGUUUGAAUACCUUGAGUCUUCAUUUGAUCUUGAAGAGAUUUUCGGAAGCCACGGCGCUCUUGUCUGGGUCAUCGAUGCGCAAGAUGACUACCUAGAGUCGGUUACCCGUCUCAACCGGACUAUAUUGGCCGUCCAGCAGUAUUACCCAAAUAUCAACAUCGAGGUGUUCAUCCAUAAAGUAGACGGGCUGUCAGACGAAUUUCGCACAGAUACAUUCCAAGAUAUCGUCCAGCUCAUUUCUGAUGAGCUCAGCGACGCCGGUUACGAAAACGCUCCGGUUCACUACUACUUGACCUCAAUUUACGACUAUUCGGUCUUCGAAGCUUUCAGCAAAGUGAUCCAGAAACUCAUCCCUAACCUGUCUACUCUGGAAAACCUGAUAAACACCUUAUCCAACAAUUGCGGCUUUGAGAAGAGUUAUCUGUUUGACGUCCUGAGCAAGAUUUAUAUUGCCUCUGAUACCCGCCCCGUUGACAUGUCGUGUUACGAGAUGUGCUCGGAUUAUAUCGACGUGAUAGUGGACAUUUCCGAGCUCUACUCCUGGGAUCACCCUGACCGCAAGCCCAAAGGCGAACAAAACCAGGAAGCUGAAAGCCACGUUGCACUUCAUGACGAAACCAUGAUCCAUCUGAUGGAAAUGAACAAGUAUUUAUGCCUUGUCUCCGUCAUCCGUAAUCCGGAGGCCAAGGAAAAGAAGGGCCUGAUUGAUAUGAACUGUCGCACAUUUCAGCAAGCCCUUAACGAUGUGUUUUCUCGAAGCUGGGAGCAGGAUCCGGAAACCGAGCGCAGCCAGGGUCAGGCGGGUCAAGCACAGCUUGAAGAAGCGCCCACGAACAACUUUUUGUCAUUAUGAUAGCUACAAUAAGAAAAUAUUCUUCUCUCC